ACAUCCACCGCGUCAUAAGUUAUGCUUGUUAUUAUAUUAGCAGUGAGUUUUUAACAGAAUCGUUUUGCCUGCCUUAUGCUACUGCCACCAUCGCCUCCUUCGUCACAUAAACCACUCGUCGCUCACUCUCUCUCUCUCUGUAUAUAAGCGUAUAUCUUUCUUUCUCCGUCUCUGUAUAUACAGCUUUCUUUCUUUCUCCCUCCCUCUCUCUCUCUCUAUACACAUACAUAUAUAUAUAUAUAUUAUCUUUUUCUUUCUCCAUUUCUCACCCUCAGUCUAAUUCCCUUUCUCUCUAUCUCGCACUUGUUUAGUGCUGCCAACUUGUCACUCUUCUGUUUUCGGAGGCGAACAAAGCCAGGCGGUGUACACAGCAUGGCAGCCUCCCGGAUUGCUUCGAAUUCAAGACUGUGUUUCAAAUAUAAGUUCUUCUUUUACAUCGUAAUUUUAAUUUUAGGAGUCCAAUUACUCCUCGUUUACAAUUUUUAUAGCAUGAACCAAAAAGAACUGGAUAAACUACAACAAUGGCGAUCGGAUGUAAAAGGUUUGCCGAGAUUGUCGGCUGGGUCACCAAUUGAAACUGACGGGAGGCCAAAUGUACUUACACGCAAUGUCUUGGAGAACGAGAAAGGUCCUCCUAACGGUAAAAUAGUUGCCCAACCAAAGCCUGUGAUAGACCCGCCAGCUAACUUCACGCCAAAAUGUGAAAUCAAAACCAAAGACACUUGGUCAGCUCUGAAUCGAGCCAAGACCAUUCUAUGUAAACAGGAAAUAUCAAAUGUCGCUUGCCUUGACAAGGAAGGAAAGCUUUACCCAAAGAGUCUUCCACGAUACUGUCCUUACAAAGGUAAUGACACAGGAAUGUACUUUGGAUGUUUCCGGGACUCCCGUGCCAAAAGGGAGCUGGGAGGGCAUCAUAAGGAUUUCCCAGAAACCAACUCACCCUCUGUGUGCAUUGCUCACUGCUUACAAGCUGGUUUUCAAUAUGCUGGAGUACAGUAUACGAAAGAAUGCUGGUGUGGGGACGAAUAUGGCAAAUAUGGUCUCUUAGCAGAUAUUCAUUGUUCAAAUCACUGUCCACAAAACAGCACGGAAACAUGUGGGGGUUUCCUUGCCAUGAGGGUGUUUAGCACCGGACUUGGAGAGAAGAAGAAGAUCCAAGCAACGUUAGUGAAAGCCAAUGAGAUUUUGUCCGAGGAGCGAGUCAGAAUUGCCUUUGUAUUUACCUUGAAUGGACGUGCCAUACGCCAAGUCUACCGUCUGCUUAAGACCCUCUACCAUAUCAACCACUACUACUUCUUCCAUGUGGACGCUCGUCAAGAUUUUCUGCAGAGAGAGAUGUUGCAGUUGGCCAAACGGUUCCCGAAUAUGUAUGUUACCCACAACCGGUUACCCACGAUCUGGGGUGGUGCUAGUUUAUUACAGGCCCACCUGAACAUAAUGACGGAGUUACUUGCAAAGACCAACUGGAAGUGGGACUAUUACGUGAACCUCAGUGAAUCAGAUUACCCUAUCAAGAAACUGGAAGAACUUGUGGCCUUUUUAACCAAAUACAAAACAUACAAUUUUCUAAAGACACAUGGCAGAGAUACACCAAGGUUUAUUCAAAAACAAGGUUUGGACCAGACGUUCUUCGAAUGCGAGAAUCACUUGUGGCGUGUUGGGCCACGGAACAUUCCAGAAGGUAUCCGGGUUGACGGAGGAAGCGACUGGAUCGGCAUUCAUCGGAACUUCUGCGAAUAUAUCAUUAAAUCUGAAGACGAACUUGUCCUGGGAUUGAAACGGGUCUAUGAAUUUACGCUUCUACCUGCCGAGUCAUUUUUCCACACAGUAUUACAGAACAGUAAGUUCUGUGGAAUGUUUGUUGACAACAACCUUAGAAUCACCAACUGGCGCCGGAAGCUUGGCUGUAAAUGUCAGUAUAAACACAUUGUGGAUUGGUGUGGCUGUUCACCAAAUGUCUUUAAAUCUGCUGAUCUACAUCGGCUGAUGAACAUGGAUGAAAAACCAAUUUUCUUUGCUCGGAAGUUUGAACCAGUGGUUAACCAGGACAUAAUCAACAGUGUGGACACGUAUCUAUUUGGAUACAGUAACCAAGCUUUCCCUGGUUUCAACAGCUACUGGCAGAAUGAGUACCAUCAUCUCGACAGAAAUACCAAAGUUGACGAUGCCUACCGCACAUUCUUUCACUCAUUCAUCCGUCUCUCCCUGCGGCACCUCACCGACUCAAACAGGCGUUGUCGGUUACGCUUCAUUGAACUGCUUGAAGUAAACAUGUUUUUUGAAACGGACCAUUUCCAUGGCCUGCUAGUGAAGUUCACUGCUGAGCAGAUGAGUUCAGGUAAAGUCUACACCCUGGAGACACAGCUGCAUCCAAAGACCUUCUACAUGAUGUACAACACAGGCAACUUGGUGGGCCGUCUGCAAGGUCUCGAGGUUGGCACUGAUUUUGACCCGAAAGAACUGAUUUUCAGGAAUUAUGGUCAGCUGAUGGGACCUUACAGCAACAUUGCCUUACGUCAUUCAUGGGGUAAUGGCAACGAGGUGGCUGUCUCAGUUGCCUGGAUUGACCCUAGUAAUACUGUUGCAGCAUCCUUUGAUAUGAAAAUCCCAUCUGGUGUACAUAUUGGCUCACACAAACCCCAAUUUAAAAAGCCUUUGCGCCCAGGUGUCUGGACUAUAAAAGUUUUCCAUGAAUGGGAGACAUUUGCUGAAGUGAAGUUUCUGAUUCUCCCAUUGAGUUUUUACCAAGAGAGACCCAUCCUUGCCCCCGAGAUCUAUGCAACUCACAACGGACCCAAAGGACAUUACCUCGAAAAAGACUUCGACUUCUCAGAGUUUCGGAAACCACUAAAAAUCGAAAACAUCACCGAAGCCGAAAACCAGGCGACCAUCAAUGGUCGCAAGGUCGGAAAAGAUCUUGAGAGGUGGAUCGACACAUUAACUGCAGAAUUUUGGCAGCUUCAGAACUUCUGUGCACACAAGGAGACAGUACCUUUAUGUGGGGUACUCGAGAAAUGUGAACACUCCACCUGGAGCUCCAUGUCAACAGAUACAAAGUCAACAAUUACACUGGUCGAUGAAAAUACAGGAUACCUUCGGUAGCUAUCAUUAUUGUGAGGAUAGUUCUGAGACAUGGUACCCCUCUCCUCGAUGAACAUGUGUCGGUCACUGUAUGGGACAAACUAAAAAUAGAACCAACAGUGGCAGCAGAGAAAAGGGGGAUAUCAUGUUCCCAGAAUUGGGAUCUAUAAUGAUUCAAUAUUUGAAUCUCAACUGUGCCAUCCUAGUUUUUUUUUUUUUUUUUUUUUUGUAAUUCAUUCUGUGUUUUUUUCUGUUUUUUUAAAAGGAAUGAUGCAAAUUACAACCAAAAGUGGACAAAUGCAAAUUUGAAAUUACUAAAAAAAAAUGCAAAUAUUAAUGAUGAAAAUGCUAAUUAUGAAAUCAUAUUUUGGAGUAUGGGGUGGGUGCAGAUUGAAAAAUACCAUUUCAUGUCAUUUUUUUUUUUUUAUUUUGUCAUCUACCAAAAUUACUUACAAAAAAAAAUUAUUGCAAACGAAAACUAAAUCACCUAAACUGUCAGUUUUACUGGAAAUACCCAAUGGCUAUUUGGUGGUAGUGUGUGUGUGUGUGUGUGCAUGUAUCUGCACAUGUGCCAGUGCAGUUUUGGUGCUCUACAUGCACACCUAAUAAAAGGGAUAGAUAUAACUGAUAUAUUUAUAUUACCAUAUAUGUAGCAUAUGUAUGUGUGUCUCAGUAUAUAUAUGUGUGUGUAUCUGUGGAUGUAUAUCAGAUAUGUGUGUGUAUAUAUGUAGAUAUAUACAUUUAUAUGUAUAUAUAUAUAUGUGUGUGUGUGUGUGUGUGUGUGUGUAUAAUUAAUAGAAGCACUAGACAGUAUUAGAAUGAGUAUAUAUGUAAUGGAUACUUAUGAGCACAGGCCUUUCAGAAAGCACACAUUGUGAAGGUAAAUACAUAUAUAUUUACGAAAAGCACAUGCUGGUAAGUUUAAUCCAAUCAUAUCAUGUAUAUAUAUAUUUUCUAUAUGUAUGUAUGUGUUUUAUAUCCUCAUUUUGUAUAUAUUUGUGUAUGUAUGUGUAAGGACAAACUAGAAAUGUCCAGUUACAUGAGCAUAACAUUACAUUAAACCUAGGGUUAGCAUUUGAUCCAAACAUCUUGCCAUACUUGUAGUUUUGAGUUCAAACCUACCUAAACAGUCAGUAUGUUAUGCCCACCAUCCAAUCAAGGCUCUUCAACUCUUCCCCUUGGUCUGUUCACCAGACAAGAGGUUGCUCCUCCCUGUGCCCAUUCAGUUGCAGAGUUUGUUGACAGGAGGAGCUGCUAUGUCCAUUUUGCUGCCCUUCUCUUUCCAUCACUGUGCUUGAACUCAGCUGGUCUCAGUCAGUGUUACUUCGCCAUUAAAAGGGUGACAUUAACUAAAGGUAGCUGACUAUAAAUAGAACAUGGCUCCGAAAUAAGGUACUUAAUGUGGCUCCUAUGAGGUUACUUACUUGCUCUGCUAGAAAGAGCAGCUAAAUGUCCAUUUUACAGCCAUGUCUUCAAAAAGCAUUGGAGCAGAGUUGACUCUGUAUAUUUGAAUAUAUAGUUAUACAUCCAUCCAUAUGUAUGCAUCUGUAUAUAUGUGUGUGUGUGUCUGUAUACAUGUAUGUAAAUGUGUGUGUGUAUAUAUAUAUAUAUAUCAUCAUUAUCAUCAUCGUUUAACGUCCGCUUUCCAUGCUAGCAUAUAUAUAUAUAUAUAUAUGUAUAUAUAUACAUGAAGGCAAGAUAGGGUGGUUCCUAAGUAUUACUGAAAAGAGCAAAAACCAAAAUAUCUAACUUGUUUAUGUAAAGAAAAUCUGGUCACAUGAUUUGUAAGAAAGAGCCAGUGUGCUUGACCCAUGGAUUGCUGAGCUUAUUCAGAAAUGGGACCACUGGAGUGAAAAGUUUAUCACUUUUGGAAUCCAAAUCAGUAAAUUCUGACACAUGAUUGGAGUUGAGUGGUUUUAGUUCCAUUCCUUACCAUACAUCCCAUCUCUGUGUAUGCAUCUUGCCCAUCUCUUUUUUUUUUCUGUGUGUGUGUGCGUGUGUGUGUGUGUGUGAACUUAUAUCUUGUUGUAUUGGGAAGGUUGUUAUACAGAUAAUAAUAAACACAUGCACAGGCUCAAUAUCACUUCUUCGCUGUUAGUCAAUUGGUGAGAUAUUAAUCAAUUAUUUGAUUAAUCCACUGGCUAACAAAGAAGUAAUAUUGAACCAGUGCAUGUGUUUGUAAUUAUUUGCAUAAUGACCCUCCCAAACAAGAUGUUUCAACACACAAAUUUAAAUCAAGAAUCUUGCAAACAAAAUACAAAAUCCAAGUGUGUGCAUAUGUGUAUAUAUAUGUACAUGUGUGUGUGUGUAUAUGUGUAUAUAUAUAUAUAUUCUUGCAUUCAUACAUACACACACAUAUAGCCACAUGUGUUUCACAUGUUCCUGUAAAGUAUUUAACCCAUUACUAUUGAUGUUAUUUAAUUGAUUACCCAAAAUAUGAUUUCAAUCAAUAUCAUUUUAAUCAAUCUUAGCCCAUUGAAAGAGAGAAGACAGAAAACGAAAAGAAAAAAAAACAGCGCUGUCCCAAAGCAAACAACCAAGAAAAAAAAAGAGCCCUCAAUAUCCUUAACGUUGCUAUCCCCACUUGAACAUAAGAGGCAAGUGGUACUCCAAGACCAAGUAAUAAGGACUUCUUCACUCAAUCUGCCGUUCUAAGUCAUUUGAGGGAAAGAAUUCACUCAAAUUUUGUUAUUUUUAUACCAACUUGUAUAUGCUUUUAUGAAUUUUUUUUUUCACAGUAUGUGUGUGUGUUGUGUAUAUCUCUGUGUGUGUAUGUGUGUGAUUCUUUUGUAUCCAUAUGUAUGAGUAUAUGUAUGUGAGAAUAUGUAUGUAUGUAUAUACACAUACAAAUGUAUAUAUACGUGUGUGUCUAUAUAUAUAUAUACAUAUAUACACACGUGUACAUGUUUAUAUAUAUGUAUAAAUAAUACAGAAUGGGACAAGGAUGCAAAACAUCCAGACAGUUAGGUGAUACAAGAACGGGACAAAAACAUACAGAUAGACGAUACAAAGAAAACACGGAAAUUGCAAGGAUAAUCUUGAUCUCGAUUGAAGAGAGAAAACUCCGAAUGACCUGUCCGUGUUUUUUUGUAUCGUCUAUCUGGAUGUUUUGUCCCUUUCUUGUAUCACCUAACUGUCUGGAUGUUUUGCGUUCUUGUCCCAUUC